AUGGCGUCAACACGUCAGGGGUCCAUCUCGCCGAUUCAAGCAUCAAUAUUUGAUCCCCUGGAGGAAGAAGCACAAGACGAUUAUCAUACAGAACCUACGACAGCACCACACUCUGGAUCCGGAGACGAGCACGAGUAUUACGAUCUUAAACCUCCUCCGCCCUCCGUCUCACACUCCAAUAUGGAGCACCUCAGCACUCGCUAUUUUUCAGUGGACCACCUAAAUGUCAUUCUUCGCGACUAUCAAUUGUUUUCUCGCUUCCGUCGAUUCCUCACACAGUACAAACCAUACACUCUACCUGCUCUAGAGAGCUAUGUAGACACGCAAAAGGCAGUUGCUGCAAUAGAAUACGCCAACUCGCUGGCGAAUAAUCACCGCUCGACAACGGGUCAUACGCCCAAGCCAGCAGCCGUGGUCGAUGAGAGCUUCCAGGAGCGUUCGCGCUUGGUCGUACAGGCACUGGUUGACGACGCCUUGCCAGCAUACCUCACUCAUCGCCUCGUGCAGACAGUGACAGAUAGUCUCGUCAAGGAGAUCACUGGCAACAACGCGCCCGUCAUGCGUGACUUGAUACCGUCCCUAGCAGAAGUGUACUGUAUCACUGAUCCCUCUGUAUCCGACAAUCCGAUCGUGUACGCCUCCGAAGCCUUCUACGACAUAAGUGGUUAUGAAAAAGACUUUGUGAUCGGCCGCAACUGUCGCUUCUUGCAGGGCCCGAAAACUUCCUCGGCCAGCGUACAUCGAUUGAUAGAAGCUCUGCAUGCUGGUCAAGAAAUCACAGAGACGCUCCUGAACUACCGGAGAAAUGGGAUACCAUUCAUGAACCUACUCAUGCUUGCACCACUGUACGAUAACAAAGGCACAGUACGAUACUUUGUGGGUGCUCAGAUUGACGUCACAAACCUCAUCGAAGGCGGUAAAGGUCUGGACUCCUUCGAGAAGCUUCUUGCAAAUGACCGCACAGAGGAGCGGUACCGUGGGAGAAGCAUGCGUGAGCCGACCCAGGUAUUGGGAGAGCUAGGUCAGAUGAUGAACGACGAAGAGCUGGACGCGGUUAAUAUACGACCACGCAGUCAGUCGCGCGACACGCCUCCAACUGCCUCAUCUCGCAACCUGUCUCUCGCUCGCCCCGCGCGCAAGGUCUUCGGCAUGGACGAUGCUCUCGAACGUGGGCUGUGGCCUCAUCCAUCUCUGGGUCCGUCUGGACGUCUACCUGGUGUAUAUCAGAAUUACUUGCUUGUCCGCCCGUAUCCGUCCCUACGUAUCACUUUCACAUCUCCCGCCCUCCGCAUACCAGGACUCCUUCAGACGAAACUGAUGGAACGUCUUGGUGGACCCCAGGACGUUCGUGACGGCGUGCUCGACAGCUUGACUCAUGGUACCCCGGUCACAGCCAAAAUCUCCUGGCUCUCGACACCUGCCCCUGCUGGCAGUCCUCAUCGCACUACUAUCGAAGGAAAGCCACGAUGGAUUCAUUGUACACCGCUUCUCGGCAGCGACGAACAAGUUGGCGUCUGGAUGAUCGUCAUGGUAGAGCAGGAAAUGGUUACUGGAAGUCUUAGAAGAUCAUCGCUCGACGUUCCUGUUAGAGGCGGAGAGGGAGCGAGAAGUCCAAGAUUCAAGGCUGAAACCGGAAAACUGUAUGCUGACUAUUUGAGACGCGAGGGCAAGACCCCUCCUCAGAGCGAAGGUCAUAUUGGUGGGCCGUCAAGGGGCAGUAGUACUAGGGAGACGAGGACGUUUCAGGACUUUUGA